CCCAGUAGGUUAGACCGCUUGGACGGGGGACUGAGGUACUCUUAGAAGUUUUGCUUAAGAAGUAUUAUAACAAUGUGAUAAACUGCAUAUUUUUUGUAAACUUUGGUAAUCCGUCUACCAAAUCCCAUCUGGACUACCGUGGAUGUUUCAAUUCACUCACGAUUUUAUUCAUUUACAGUUUUGUUUCAAGGAUUAUAGCAUGAUGGUUUUCAACAUGGAGAGCAGAAUACGCACAGCCGUUUUGGCACUUCUUUGCGCACAGGCCGGUUUGGGCUUCUCAGUUGCCGGACAGCAGGAAGGCACCUGCGAGGCCAACGGCAGCUUAUACUUUGUCGGGGAAUGGUAUUUUCUGGACUCUGAUCACUGCACUCAAUGUGAAUGCACUUCCGAGGGCUCCGCAUGUUCCCGCACCGAGUGCACCUCUCUGCCGGCCGCAUGCAUCCAUGUCAGCCACUACCCCACCGACUGCUGCCCCAGGUGCGAGAAGAUCGGCUGUGAGUACCGAGGAGUAGUGUACGAACUGGGGCAGAACUUCCAGCCAUCAGAAUGUGAGCAAUGCACCUGUGACAGUGAUGGCAUCGCCCGCUGUCUGGUUGCAGAUUGUGCACCGCCACCAUGUGUCAACCCCAUCUACCAGCCAGGGAAAUGCUGCCCUGAAUGCAAGGAGGGUCCUAACUGCUAUGUUAAUGCAUCACGCAGCCAGGUGAUCCCAGCAGGAGAGCCCAUCUGGGUGGACUCCUGCACCAAGUGUCGUUGUCAUGAUGGCCAGGACGCAGGCUACUGGGAAGGAAACCGUCUCGCCACCUGUUCUCGCCUCAAAAACUGCACACCUGAACAGCCGUCCACCCAGAAAGAGUGAUUCAGUCGCUCAUCAGAGAGCCAACAGUUACCCUGAAUCAUCCUAUAAAUGCUCCAUCUCUUAAGAACAUGCUGAAAGCUCCUGGGCAGCCAGUAAAGCCAGACAUAGUGGAUGAUAUGCUUCUUCAAAAAUGUUAGUUUCGGGGAUUCAUCAAGAUUCCUGCAAGGACAAGGCUGGACCUUUAUCGGGCCUUUGCAGCAUAUUUCAAGCAAGGUCUAAAUUCAAGGCUGGUUGGUCAAAGCUGAAACGAUGCUGCUUGGUCAGUACUUUUUGGCAAUUCAACUGAAAUUUUGUGAAAAAUAUUGCCAAGCUAAAGUAACAUAUAUUUUAAAAAAUGGACGUAUGACCUUUGAGAUAACCACAAACCAGCUGAGGCAUGGAAACAUCAUGAACAGGCAGUACCAUUCCAGCAAAGAAGAACUGGUUGGUACAGACACACUAUUCAGGGUGGUUAUGCAGAUGUUUCAACACAUGGCCCCCUUUCCCUGCUUUGUGUAUGGGAAAACAGAUGAGCUGAGAAGAUGAAUUGUAGUCCUUGAAAAUAAACUAAAUUGGUGAAAUUAUUAACAAAAACAAGAUUAAAUCCCUAAAACAAGUACAUUUUAAGGCCUGCUGUGAUCUUUGAAUUACAAGGCUUUAAACACACAUACCUUUGGGGCAAACCUUUCUUGAUUUCUGUAUCUCAACAAAACAUAUUUAAAUCUGACAGUAAUCAAAAAAUAAACAAACUUGACCUCUAAGAGGUGAACACAACCACUAUAGUUACCUUUUAAUAUUUUUGUGGCUAUAAACAGCAUCUGCUAAAUUUGGACCAAUCCCUUACAUUGUGAGAGGGAGACAUUAGAUAGCUUUUAUAACAGCUACUUCCCCUUGAUUUUUAGAAAUAUCUCUAUACACCUGCUUUGGCAACAAGCUCCAUAACAAAACCUAUGAGAUUAUUGGAUAACGAGAAAUUGUAAUUGACCUGUCACGGUUUGAUGCAGCACCCAAAUGUAUGCUCAACUGUGAUGUAAAUUAGAGUAGGAAACGCCUAAGCAAAGCAAUUAACAAGUUGUAAUGCUCUGUAAAUUCUGCAGGUCAAUUUCCAUACUUAUUGAAAUCUAAUGUAUGGGACUCUGGCUUAAAAUAUGUAGUAAUACAGCAGUUGUAGACAUGAGUUUCAUUAUAUGGAAUGUUAUUUGUAAACUGUAGAGCAGGAAUAUGCAUUUGAAAUGUACGGCUUUCUUCAUUUAUCACAAGGAUGAAUGUGCAGCAUUAGCCAGCUACUCUGGUAUUUUCCAUGUUCUCAAAGUGUACUGUUAACAUUAACCUUCAGUGUAUGAUGAAAUGUAGCAUGACAUGUCAUUUUAUACGUUUAUAUGCAGCAGAUCUUACAGUUAUUUGUUAGUAUCUACUUCUGUAGUCACGAGGGACCUUUGGAUGAAAACCAAAAAUAAUCUUGUCUACUUAUAUGUUUAUGUGCUGAGUCGGAGCAGGUAUUAACUUUACUGUAUAAGACUCCCAAGCUGGUACUGCAUGAAGUAUAUAAUUAAAAACGACAAGUUUCACUGCCUUAAUUCUCCACGAGAGACUUCUUGAAGCAGGAUGUGUGAUCAAGUUAAAACUUUUACAGUUAUGGACACCUCUUGAAUCUUAUUUUAUGAACAGACUUUUUCUUUUUUAGAGAAUAUUCUCUUGUUCUCUUCGCUGCAUUUCCUUGAGGGGACUGGUAAAUGCACCAAACAGUGCAGAGAUAAGAUCAAACAAGAUAUGAAAACCGUUUCUUUGUUCGUCCUUAAAAAAGGCAUAGUCUGACAAUUUGUGGAAAAUACUUGAGAAUGUAUUCUUAGGGUACAAUCUUAAAUUUGAUACCAAUUUGAUAUGGUUAGUUUGAAGCUAAAGCCAGCAACCAGUUAGCUUAGUUUAGCAUACAAAAAUGGGUUAAACAGCUGGCUAGGUUCGUCAAAAGGUAACAAAAUAUACAAACACCUCUAGAGCUCAAUGUUUAAUUCUUUAUUUAUCUGUGUUUUUUUUAACGGCCCAAAGUGUUAUAAUGAAAAGGUGCCUUUGUUUGCAUAUUUUGUAGGCAUAGACUUUUAGCUUCUUAGAGUCUCCACUGGCUUUUACACUUUGGCUUGUAAGUUUUAAACAAAGAAGAUGUAACACAACAUAAAGUGAGCUUGAGAAGGGUUGGCUUUAGGAUAUUGUUACCAUUAUACAGAGCCAGGCCAGCUAUUUCCCCAUGUUAAGUCUUUUAGCUAAGCUAGGUUAGCUUACUGCUCUGCUGUAGCAGUACAUUUAGGCCCACCGUACAAACACAAGAGUAGUGUCAAUCUUCUUUGACUUGGUGGAGUUACAACUGACUGCCUGAAUAAAAGGGAACUGAUAUUAGCACACUAGCAUAAUUUAGUGUUUUAUGCUGGUAUACAGCAAA